AAUCCUGUAUCGUAUCUUUCCCUCCCUAUAAAUUGAGUAUGAAAUCAUAAUAAUGUUCAUAUCACCCCAUUCAACAUAUAUACAUACACACAUAUAACCUUAGCCUUUCAAAAAUCAUAUAUAUAUAUAGUAUAUAGCAAUUUAAGAAUAGAAUGGAAAGAGUGAAUGAAUUAGCAAAGUCAAAGGCAGCAGUUAUAUUUGCAAAGAGCACAGAUUGUAUGUGUCAUAGUAUAAAGACACUAUUCUAUGACUUGGGUGCAAGUCCUGCAGUUUAUGAGCUUGAUAGUGAUCCGAGUGGCCGUGAACUCGAGUGUGCGUUGCAGAAGUUAGGGUGUAAGCCUACUGUCCCUGCUGUGUUUAUAGGAGGCCGCUUUGUUGGCUCAGCUAAGGAUGUUCUUGCUGCUCAUCUUACUGGCUCCCUCAAAGAAAUGCUUAUUGCUGCUAAGGCUAUCUGGUUCUAGCAAUAUAUAUCCAUCAAAUUGUUUGGAUAUUCACAGAGAAUAUUGCAGAGUACCUCUACUAAGUGUUUAUUUUUUCCGACUUUUUGUUUGUUUAUGUAAUUUGGUUUUAAAGGUGGGUGAGAUCGAAGAUCUCCGACCUUCUAAAAAGUAUAGUAGGUGCAGCUACCAUUGUUCUAAGGGCUUUUCUUUUUGUAAGCUCCUCAUGAUUGCGUUCCCAAACAAUAAUCGGGUACAGUUUAUCUUUUCACAUUUACCAA